AUGUCUGGCAAGGCGCUCUUGAGCAAGCAACGCCAAGCGCGACGGGCAUUGCUAACCAAAAUCUACGAACCGGCGUUGCGGCUGCAGAGAGGGUCCCCAGAGUACGCCAAGCUCGGGUCCUCAGGGCGGAUAUGGGAAGACUACUUCCGGCCCGGCAACAGCCUCGAAAAAGGGUACGUAGGGCUCCAGCAGGAGCACAAGCGCAUGCUGGACAAAAUCGACGCCCUGAAAACAAGCCUUCCGACGGCGGAACUGAGUAAGACAGUGGUUUCGGAAUACGCUCAACAGUCCGUCAUGAUUGAGAAUAAUCAUUUGACCGUCGGAGACGCUAACCGCAUCCUCGAGUCGUUACAAAUGGGCGUUUUCAGACGCGUGGACCUGGCUUCAAUGCCCAGUAGCGAGCUUGUCAAAAUCGUUACAUGCAAGACCGAGGGCGGCACCGACUCGGCGACUAACGAGCUGAGGAACCACAUUGUCGCAUCGCAAUGGAUCGCCGAGGGCGCGGCAGCAAAGGCUCGCACGGCGGGACUCCGCGAGGAUGAGGUGCGGGAUCUCGCCGUCGUAUGUAUCCGAGACACAGAAUCCGAGGCGGCCUAUGAGGCGUCGAGAGGCGGAUACCAGGCCGGAUGCCCCAAGGCCGGCACCCUGGUGUGGGGAGCACGCGUUCCGCUUGGAGAAUAUCGGAACCUACCCAUCGCAGUGCGCAGCAAUCGUCUACGAAUCUUCCCCUACCCACAGGAAGUCCCCGCCUGCGUUGCGCGGUUCUUCGAGUGGCGCGACACGCAGCAUCGCGAGAAGACGCUGCACCCGCUAGUUCUGGCUUGUCAGAUGACGGCGUACUUUGUUCACGUUCACCCGUUUCCCGACGGUAACGGGCGCACCAGCCGCUUGAUCAUGCAGGAUUACCUCGCUCGUCAAGGCUACUUACCAGUUGUCAUCCCAGGGUUGGAGCGGAAGGACUACUUGCGGAUGAUUGACGACGCCUGCGAAGGCAAACCGGGUGAGCUCGUAGCGGCAGUCGUUGAGGCCCAGCAGGCGGCGCUGCACAUGUUCUCCACGCGUUGCCAGGAGGCCGGGCGCUAA